GUCAUCUGACGCUGCAACAAACUUGUCCUCCCAUACCAUCUCUCUAUCACACAACGGCAUCAACACUAGCAGCAGUCAUGGCCAGCUCCGACGUUAUCGUGGUGGACUCGUCCGCCGCAUCCACAGGCUCCGGCGACAUGGUCCGGGUGAGCGUGGAAAACAAGGCGUAUGGCGGCGAUGCCGACUCGACCUUUUCCAAUAUUGACCCCCCAGUCAUUGUAGGAGCAGCUUGUCGUCUUCCUGGAGAUAUCCAUUCUCCGUCUGCUCUCUGGGACUUUAUGGUCGAGAAGAAGUCCGCGCAGGGUCCUAUCCCCCCUGAGCGUUACAACAUUGACGGCUUCUACGACAAGGUGAGCCGCAGCGGUACCACCAACGUGCCCGGCGGAUACUUCAUCAACGAGGAUGUGCGAGACUUUGACAACACUUUCUUCGGCAUCAACAACCUCGAAGCCACCUACAUGGACCCGCAGCAGCGGAAGCUGCUCGAGGUCGUGUACGAGUGUCUUGCGAGCGCCGGCACGACCAUGGAAAGUGUGUCUGGCUCUAACACGGGCGUCUACGUUGCCAACUUUUCCGUCGACUACCAGCCCCUCAUGAUUCGUGAUCCCGACUACCUGCACAGGUACAUCUCAACCGGUUCGGGUGCCACCAUCAUGUCGAAUCGUAUCAGUCACAUCUUCAACCUUCACGGACCUAGCUUUACCAUAGACACGGCGUGUUCUUCGUCAAUAUAUGCUCUCCACCAGGCACUCAACGCCAUGAAAGCGAGUGACUGCGAGAGCGUCAUUGUAGCCAGCUCCAACUUGAUGCUGUCUCCCGAGCUUCACGUUGCUGCCGCAAAGAGCGGUGUUCUCUCCCCCACUGGCACAUGCCACACCUUUGACGCCUCGGCCGACGGCUAUGGCCGUGCGGAGGGCAUCAACGCCGUCUAUAUCAAGCGUCUAUCUGCCGCGCUCAGAGAUGGGAACCCCAUCAGAGCAGUUAUCCGUGGCAGCGCCGUGAACGCGAGCGGAAGGACGCCCGGAAUCGCACUUCCGAGUGGCAAGCUUCAGGAGGUGGUCAUGCGCAAGGCAUAUACUGAUGCCGGCCUGGACUUCACCGGCACCGACUACGUCGAGUGCCACGGUACCGGUACCAAUGUCGGUGAUCCUAUCGAGGUCGAUUCUGUUGGAAGAUGCUUUUCUCCGCGUGAGGGACCUCCUCUGCUGAUUGGAUCGGUCAAAACCAAUGUCGGCCACAGCGAAGGUGCCAGUGGUUUGACAUCCAUUCUCAAGGUGAUGCAAGCCUUUGAAAAGGGCAAGAUUCCUCCGUCACAGGGAAUCGUCAAGUUGAACCCUAAGCUGAUUCUGAAGGAGCGUAACUUGAAAGUUGCUCAGGAGGUCGAAGACUGGCCGCGAGCGCUACGCCGUGCCAGUAUCAACUCGUUCGGCUAUGGUGGUGCCAACGCCCACGUCGUCCUCGAAUGUCCCAAGAGCUAUCUCGGCGAAGACUACCAGGUGAACUUUGGCCACGCAAACGAGGACUCCGAGACGCAAGAGGAGGGAAAGCUUGUGGUGCUGCCCCUGUCUGCGUCGUCACCCAAGGCCCUGGAGACUCUCGUCCAGCAAAUUACCAAGACCGUGACACAGAUCGGCGACGAGAAGACCCUGCAAAGCCUGGCUCACACCCUCACCAAGGGCCGUGAUCAUAUGCGACAGAGGAGCUUCGUUCUGGCCAAGAUGGAGGGAUCCAGCGGCAAGGUCGUCGAGGAGAUGGCAGACGGACCUCUGACCAAGCCGACAGCCGAUUCGCUACCAUACGGCUUCGUCUUCACUGGCCAGGGAGCACAAUACGCCGGCAUGGCUAAGGAGCUGCUGUUGAAGAGCCAGCACUUCCGCGACACCAUUCACCGUCUUGACGCCGUCCUCCAGGCCCUCCCCAAGGGUCACGCCCCGGAUUGGACCCUCGAGCAGACCAUCCUCCUGGAUGCGGCCGAGAGCCGUAUCAACGAAGUCACCCGGAGUCAGCCAAUCUGCACCGCCGUCCAAGUCGGUAUUAUCGACCUGCUGCGCACCUGGAACGUUCAGCCCACGUAUGUGGUCGGCCACUCGUCCGGCGAGAUUGCGGCCGCUUACGCCGCGGGUCUCCUCACCUCCACGCAAGCCAUCUUGGCGGCCUACUUCCGUGGCUUCGCCGUUGGUGACCUGACGUCCAAGGGAGCCAUGAUGGCGGCUGGCUUGGCUCCCGAAGCCGCUAAGCUCCUCAUCGAGGACAAGGGGUUGGUGGGACAGGUCCGCGUGGCUUGUGUCAACUCGCCCGAGAGCGUGACGCUCAGCGGCACGCCGGACGGCAUUGAGGCGCUCAGGGAGCAUCUGCAGGGCGAGAACAAGUUCGCCCGCAAGCUGGAGACCGGCGGACGUGCGUAUCACUCUCACAUGAUGGAGGAGAUCGGCCAGCGGUACGAGGAUCUCCUCGCCCCGUUCUUCACCGCCAGCAACGGUCCCACCGCCGCCAGUGCCUCGGAAGCCGGAAUCGUGACCAUGUUUUCGUCCGUGGGCCACGGUUCCGAGAACCUCAAGGUCCUCGACAGCCAGACCUACUUCCCGGCCUACUGGAGGGAGAACCUGGAGCAGCCCGUCCAGUUCAGCGGCGCCCUCGCCAACUUGCUAGCCGCAGGAAAGAAAGCCGUCCAUUUGGUUGAGAUUGGCCCCCACGCGGCGCUCAAGGGCCCCAUCAAGCAGAUCAGGACCGGUCUUGGUCUGAAGGAGGAGGCCGUUCCCUACUCGCCAACGCUCGUCAGAGGAAAGGAUGCCGACUUCUGCCUCAAGGCUCUUUCUGGUGCCCUCUUCACCAACGGUCUCCUGACGUUGAACUGGGAUGCCGUGAACAGCCUUCCCGAGUCGGGCCUGCGGACUCUCUACGACCUCGCCCCGUACCCUUGGGACUACUCGCGGGGUCUGCUCUGGAGCGAGCCCCGUGCCAGUGCCGAGAUGCGUCGCCGCAAGUACGUGCGCCACGAACUCCUGGGCACCCAGGCUCUCACUGGCAACGGCAUCGACUAUACGUGGCGUAACCUGUUGCGCCUGAGCGAGACGCCCUGGCUCCGUGACCACAAGCUGGAGGACCAGAUCGUCUUCCCUGCCACCGGCUACAUGGCUAUCGCCAUCGAGGCCGUGUUGCAGGUCACCGACUCCAAGAAGAAGCCGGCAGACCAGCUCGCCUUUGAGUUCCGCAACGUCAACAUCAGCGCCGCCCUCAACAUCCCCGACGAGGAGAGGGACAUCUUCUCCAUCGAGAAGGACCUGGAGGUUCACACCACCAUGUCCCCGCGCAAGAUUUCCACCGCCAACCGCUCCGUCGACUGGUACGACUUUUCCGUCUCCUCGUGGUUGGACGGAAACACGACGGUGCACUGCACGGGCAGUAUCCGUCUCGACGAGCCGCGCAAGGCCUCUAGCGGCGUCAAGCUGCAGAGCACGGAUAGCUUCGACACCUGGCCCACCAGCAGGUGGUACAAGAAGUGGCACGAGGAAGGCCUUUGCUUCGGCCCGACCUUCCAGUCUCUGAACAGCCUGCGGACGGACGCUGGACGUGGUCGGCGCGAAGCCAUCGGAGUGACCCGGCUACAGCCCCCCGUCGCCCGGGAGAGCACCACGUACUACCCCGUACACCCCAUUACCAUCGACGCCGUUCUCCAGACGUCCAUUCUAAGCACGACGGCCGGACACAUGCCGUCUCUCAAGACUUGGCUUCCCGUCUUCAUUGGCGAAUGCAGAAUCCAGCCUCCUCAGGGGGGCCUGGUUGCCGAUGCCAACGGCGAGGUCGGCUCCCAGUUUGAGGUCGAAUGCGAGAUCCACUCGCGCUCCGAGGAGACGGGCCUUUCCAGCAGGAAGAUUGACAGCACGCUUUGGGAUUCCCACGGGGUCCCGGUGGUCGACUUCAAGGGCGGCCGGAUGGCGCUGUACAACGGCAAGACCACCCCCGUCGAUGCCACCAACGGCGACAAUCCCGCCAACAAGUUCGCUCAGCGGGAGCCCACCCUGAGGGUCCGCUGGAAGCCCGACGUCCUUCGUCUGCGUCCCGAGACCGAGUCUCGCCUGAAGAAGUACGUGGCCGAGUUUGUGGACCAGCAACCCGACGACGUUCGGGAUGAUGAGACCUUGGCCAUCAUCGGCACGCUUCUCGAUCUUGCCGGGCACAAGAAUCCUCGCAUGCGCGUCUUGGAGCUCGAGGGAGACGCCUUUGGAUACAAGGCAAAGCAAUGGCAGUCCAUGUUGGACAAGGACACCUCCUUCUCACGAUGCCGGUCCUGGGAUACUGCCACUAUGGCCGACGGAAAAGUUUCGGUCGAAGGCGAGGGUGGUGAGGGUCCUUUUGACGUUCUCCUGGUUCCUACGCACGCUGCUUCGAAACGGUUCUGGGACGAAAUGGCUGGGCAUAUCGAGGAGCUGGUCUCCGAGCAUGGUGUCGUUAUUACCCGGAAAUCGGAGUCCGCCGUCGCCGAGUUGAAGUUCGCUGGCUUCGAGGUUCUGGACGUCGGAAAGAAGAUCUUGUUGGCCAAGCGGCCACUGCUUACAACGGAUCUCACGGGCAGAAACGCUCUGAUUGUGCGAGCCGACAACGCCUCCCCUGCCGUGACGGACCUUGCCAACGCUCUUGCUACGCACCUGCAGAAGAAGGCCGGUGUCUCCCGCGUGAGCAUCAUCAAGCUCAGCCAGCUCGACAACACCAAGAUUGCCGAAUCGGACAUUUGCGUCUCUCUUCUGGAGACGGAGGCCGAGUUCCUUGCGACCAUGAGCCCCCAGAACAUGAACCGCCUGCGUGCCAUGACGGACAAGGCCACCGACUUGCUCUGGCUCACGGGUGCGAACAUGCUGGGCAGUUCCCCUGACCCCAACCUCACGCUCUCCAGCGGCCUCUCGCGCUCUCUGAUGCUGGAGCAGCCGACGCUGAGGUGGUCGGUCGUCGAUGUCGGCGAGCUGCAGGCCCUCGACGUUGCCACGGCGUGCGACAAUGCGCUGAAAGCGCUCGUGGUCAAGUACGACAAGGAUGACUGUGAGUUUAUCGAGAAGAACGGCGUCUUGUACGUGAGCCGGUACGGACCCGACUUUGGCGUCAACUCUCUCUUCCGACAGAGGGUUGGGCUGCAGCAGGAGAAGCAGACGCGGACUCUUGCCGAGCUCGGUUCCGCGAGGCUGGCCAUUGACCGGGUCGGCGUCAUGGACACGCUGCACUUCCAAGAGGUUUCGGAGCCGGGCUCGGGCAAGGGUCCCGCGGCCGGACACGUCGACAUUCAAGUCAAGGCGGUCGGCCUCAACGCCAAGGAUGUGCAGGCCAUGGCGGGCCGCCUCGACGGACGCGGCAACACCACCGCCUUUGACUUCUCUGGUGUCGUCACGGCCGUCGGUAAAGACGUCGACAAUGUCCAGGUGGGCGACCGCGUGGCCGCGUUUGCACCCCACCAUCUGGGCACCACGGUGACCGUGCCGGCUCGAUCCGUGCUGAAGAUGCUAGACCACGAAGAGUUUAGCGUCGUGCCGACUCUGCUGCUCGUCUACGGAACUGCGCUCUACGCCCUCAACGAGCGUGCGAAGCUGCGACCCGGCGAGACCAUCUUGAUCCACGCCGGGUCCGGCGGCCUCGGCAUCGCCGCCAUCACCCUGGCGCAGAGACUGGGCGCCGUGGUCUACACCACUGUCGGAUCCCAGGCCAAGCGCGACUAUCUCAUCAACAAGCUGGGCGUCCUGCCCUCCCACAUCUUCAGCUCGCGCGAUGCAUCCUUUGUCCCGGGCAUUAUGAAGGCCACCGGUGGCCGCGGCGCCGACGUCGUUGUCAACUCGCUGGUCGGUGACUUGAUGCACGAGAGCUGGCGCUGCCUGGCCAACUUUGGCCGCUUCGUCGAGCUCGGCAAGCGGGAACUUGUCGAUGUGGGCAAGCUGGACAUGGGCGUGUUCUUGCGCAACACCACCUUCACUGCCCUUGAUCUGUCCGAGCUGUACUAUGCCGAGGACCCCUACUAUCGCGCCAUCUGGGAUAGGCUCAUGGCAGAGACCCUGGAUCUCUACCGCUCCAAUGCCAUCCAGCCGCUGCCCACCAAGGUGUUCGAUGCCAGCCAGGUUGUAGAGGCCUACCGUUACUUCGCAGACAAGGAGCGCGUUGGCAAGGUUGUCAUCUCCAUGGAGGACCAGCAUUCUCGAGUUCCGGUCAAGCCUGCUACCUACCUGAGCGUCUUCGAUUCCGAAAAGGUCUAUCUCAUGAUCGGAUGUCUCGGUGGCCUAGGUCGCAGUCUGAGUCGAUGGAUGAUGCAGCGCGGAGCCCGUCACUUCGUCUUCUUGGGCCGUUCCGGCGCCGACAAGCCCAGCGCACGACAGCUCGUGACCCGCCUCGAAGAGGCCGGCGCCACCGUCGAGGUCGUUCGCGGAGAUGUCUCCCAGGCCGAGCACGUCACGGCCUCCGUCGAGGCCUGUAUCAACAGCGGACGGCGCAUCGGCGGUAUCAUCCAAGCCGCCAUGGGUCUUCACGAGGCUCUCUUCACCCGCAUGCCGAACGAGGCCUGGCACACCGGCAUCGCGCCCAAGUGGCAGGGCACCUGGAACCUGCAGAACGCGCUGCAGGUGCACGUCGACAAGGACAAGAAGAACGAGCCCGACUUCUUCCUGCUCACGUCGUCGGUGUCGGGAACCGUCGGCACGGCCACCGAGAGCAACUACUGCUCGGCCAACGGCUUCCUCGACGCCUUCGCCCACUGGCGCCGGUCCCGCGGCCAGGCCUGUGUGUCCAUCGGCCUGGGCAUGAUCUCCGAGGUGGGCUACCUGCACGAGAACCCCGAGAUCGAGGCGCUUCUGCUCCGAAAGGGCAUCCAGCCGCUCAACGAGGAGGAAAUGCUGCAGGUGGUCGACCUCGCCUUGUCCAGCGAGCCGAGGCGCAGCAUGAGCGAGGCGCACAUGCUCACGGGUCUGGAACCCGCGGCCAUCCGCGAGCUGACGGCCAAGGGCUUCGACGUGACCACCCACGGAGUCCUGGUCGAGGCCCGUGCCUCGGUCCUGCUCGCCUCGCUGCUGGCCGAGAAGGAGGCUUCCGAGUCACCUCAGCAGGGCGCUGCUGCGUCCGCGGUGGCAUCUGCCGCGCCGUGGUUCAAGGAAAUCCCCGCAGCGCUGUCCGCCACCUUUGCGCCCGAGGCCGAUGCCGAAACCAGGGGAGCCGCCAUCCUGCGCCUGGUCAAGUCGCGCUUCUCCAAUCUUAUCCUGAUGGCCACUGAUCAGAUUGGCGAUACCAGCCCACUACCUUCCUUUGGCGUUGACAGUAUGAUUGCUUCCGAGUUCCGGUCUUGGUUCUGGUCUGCCUUCCGCGUCGAUAUCCCGUUCCUGGAGAUCAUGAGCCCUCAGACGUCUGUGGCGGUCUUGGCUGAGAAGGUCGACGCCAAGUUGUCGGCACCUGCUAGUUAAGAGAAUGACUUUGAAAUUGAGAUUAGAGUGUAUGAUGGGCGGUUUCCUGACUUGUUUUGCUGUUGGAAGUUCAUCGACUUUAGCUAUAGUUUUUCUUUUAAAAGACAGAAAAAAAGAAUGACAAAUUGUUAACUGUUG